CUCGUCAUUACUUCUAUCCAUAUAAUCCUACUCUAUGCUUCUAUCUAUCAUUUCACAUUGACACAUUCACUUGGAUUUGUUCAUCGAAGAAACACUUACAAGUUACUACUUUGAGAAAUGGCGGCAAACACACCUUGGUGGAUACAAAUGGAAAAUGUUGCAGUGCUGUUGGAAAGACAGCCAACAUUUAUCAUUUCUCAGGCGGUGUUCCUAGCAGCUGGGAUCAUAACACUUCGGCACGCAUUCCAAAAAGGUGGCCGCUGGCCGUACUUCUGGCUGGGAACAGUACUGCACGGUCUGUACGCAUAUAACUUCUGGCACUUUGUAUUGCCAGAAUACGACAAUUUCUGGCACUCGCAAACGCCGAUAAUGUUUUUGGGCGGACGACUACCCCUGCACAUUAUAUGUCUAUAUCCCGCGUUUAUUUACCAGGCCGCUUUCGCAGUCAGCAGGUUAGAUUUGCCGGCAUACGCUGAACCGUUCGCGGUGGGUCUACUAACCGUGCUCAUCGACAUACCAUAUGACAUCGUAGCCGUCAAGUUCGUGCAUUGGACCUGGCAUGACACCGAUCCUAAUAUCUUUGACCGACACUACUGGGUGCCGUGGAACUCGUAUUACUUCCAUGCAUCUUUCACUGCAAGUUUUGUCUACUUUUUCAACGCGAGUAGAACAUGGUUUAAGCCUCGUUUUCCUCAGAGGCAAUCUCCUUUGGUACCUGUGGAGUGGAUGUCUUUGAUGAUUGCGACGGUGUUCGGCAUGCCGGGUGGCGUUAUGCUCUUCGUUCCAAUUUAUCAUAUUUUACACGACGCGCUCGAGAUUCACGCUGAAGUAACGUUUUUCCUGCUGUUUUCAAUUUUCGCUGCUUUCACCAUGUACGGUAUUCUCUCGGAACGUGAUGAAUGUACUAAAAAGCUUACAACCCUCGACUACGUACUGAUUAUACAGCUGGCAGUUCAUUAUUUAAUCUACUGGAUAUUUGUGGUGUUUUUCGACCCGGCAAAGGAAAUCUCGGUGGGUCUACACGAACCCGUUGGACCAUGCAAUGAAACAAUCCCUCUCAUAACGCCCUUCGGAAAGACACUCUACAAAAGGAAAUAUUUCUGCCCUCAUGACUAUGACGAAGGAUAUUUCGACUUUCAUUGCGCCAAUAAACCAUUUAAUGAUGACAUUUGGUAUACGAUUUGCGGUACUCCGUUCCAUAACCGGGCGGAGUACAUUGCGGUGUUAACAAGCAUUCUCAUCGUAGCAGCGGGAGUUUUUCGCGGCAUCUAUUUUGCGAUCCCAAUUCCAAAGCCAGUUGCUCGAAAAUUGAAAUAUAAAUAGUGUUAUUUUUAAGUUCAUGCCUAUAUUAUUUCUGAUCGUUAUGUUUUAUAGGUAUACAUUGCGGUGCUAACGAGCAUUCUCAUCGUAGCAACGAGAGUUUUCCGCGGCAUCUAUUUUGCGAUCCCAUUCCAAAUUCAGUUGCUCGAAAAUUGAAAUUUUAAUAGUGUUACUUUAUUUUUAAGUUUAUGCCUCUAUUAUUUCUGACCGUUAUGUUAUAUAGGUAUACAUUGCGGUACUAACAAGCAUUCUCAUCGUAGCAACGGGAGUUUUCCACGGCAUCUAUUUUGCGAUCCCAAUUCCAAAACCAGUUGCUCGAAAAUUGAAAUUUUAAUAGUGUUACUUUAUUUUUAAGUUUAUGCCUAUAUUAUUUCUGAUCGUUAUGUUAUCUGAGUAUAUAGAUAUACAUUGCGGUGCUAACAAGCAUUCUCAUCGUGGCAGCGGGAGUUUUCCGCGGCAUCUAUUUUGCGAUCCCAUUCCAAAUUCAGUUGCUCGAAAAUUAAAAUUUUAAUAGUGUUACUUUAUUUUUAAGUUUAUGCCUUUGUGAUCGUUAUGUUAUAUAGGUAUACGCCAUUGCGGUGCUAACGAGCAUUCUCAUCGUAGCAGCGGGAGUUUUCCAUGGCAUCUAUUUUGCGAUCCCAAUUCCAAAACCAGUUGUUCGAAAAUUGAAAUUUUAAUAGUGUUACUUUAUUUUUAAGUUUAUGCCUCUAUUAUUUCGGAUCAUGAUGUUAUAUAGGUAUACAUUGCGGUGCUAACAAGCAUUCUCAUCGUAGCCACAGAGGAGAAAAACGGAACAGAGUCAAAGCUUCUAAGAAGCUGUCAAGAUUUAUACCUAUUUUGGUAGGGUUGGCACAGGAGAAUACAAUUUAAUAAACAAUAGUUAUUUGUUCAACAAGAUGGCAAAGUGUGUUUU